AGGGAGUAGCUUUAGACUGGCAAAUUAACAUAGCCGAAGUAGACGAAAUAUGUAGGAAGGAACUGCAGAUGCUGGUUUAAACCAAGAUCGACACAAAAUGCUGGAGUAACUCAGCGGGCCAGGCAGCAUCUCUGGAGAGAAGGAAUAGGUGAUGUUUCGGGUCGAGACCCUUCUUCAGAAGCAGCCAGUCUCCGCUUGGUGUGAAUGUGUAGCGGCCGUGAAUCUGCCUUUAAACGCCACUGCCGCUCGAUUCUGGCUGCGUGCAGAGUUGUGAAGUGUCUCAUGCUCCACAAAAUACGGUACGGGGAAGAUCCCUGAACGCUGCUCGCGGUGGAGGCUGAAAAAUGGGUUGGUUGCUGAACAAGUCCAACAACACAGUAGGACUGAUCACCUGCCAGCUAGGAUCGGAGCCACCACCUCGCCGACCUUGUUGUGGAAUGCGGAUGGGAAGUUACACUUAUUAUAAGCCAGGUGUUUCACCAAGGCGCUCCUGACACCACAAGCCUCAAUAUCUCGGGAGGACCACACCAGUGUGUCCCGUCCUUGUUGUCUUUGCCUUGUGCCCCGGGGCCGGAGCGGUGGACCAAGAGCGGGAGUGUUGAGGGUUUGUAAGUAGGGAGAAGGCAGGCUGGAGUUGGAGGAUGUCGGAAGAGGCUGGGUCCGAAUGCCCCAUCUGUUACGAGAAGGUUUCUCGCCAGAACCAGUCGCUCAGGACGUUGGCAUGCAACCACAUCUUCUGCCACGACUGUUUGGUGAAGACUGUGAUCAACCAGCAAGCCCAGCCCAAGAAGGUGGUGUGCCCAGUGUGUCGGCAUGUCACCUUCCUCCACAGAAGGAGCUUAGGCUGGGUAACCAGGAGCAACGAAGACAAACAGACUCUGGAGAUCCCGCUGUCGGUCAUCUCGCCCCGGUCCACAAGCCCGCCGUCCGAAUCAGUCGAGGUGCUCCCUCCGCCCCGCCGCUCCUUCCUCCGCCGCUUGUUCGGCUCCAGCCCGCGGACCUUCUCCUCCACGCUUCGGAACCAAGCGCUGGGAAGUAGCCAGAUUUUCGUGAUCAGCGGCCGGGGGAGGCCGAUGAGUGAGGAGGAGUUGCGGGUCCCGGGAGAAGCGGUGGUUCUGGAGCACAGGCGGUAUAGACUGCGUUGGGUAUUAGUCCUUCUCUGCUUCAUCAUCAUUGGGGCGGUGAUCGCUGCCAUUCUGCCCUGGAUCACCUCCUUUAAAUGAGUGGAGCCUGGGACAGUACACCAGUACUUGUAAGCCUUCUUCACCCACAAGAGGCAAGUUUGCAAACAUAUGGAGCCGUCUCCACCUGUUCCAUUUCACCUCUACUUUCUAUGAAAGUACUUUGGCAAGAUGGGUGGAUACAAGGAACUGCAGCAGCUGAUUUACAACAAAAAAGACACAAAGUGCUGGAGUAAUUAGCGGGCAGGCAGUAUCUCCGGAGAACAUUGACAAGCGACGUUUCUGGUCGGGAUCUUUCUUGAGACGUGUACAGUAACUUCGGUUAACUCUUUGGGAGACAUGAUUGCAGGAAAUACAAAUUGCACGGACAGGGCUUUUUAUGAUCCAGUAAAUGUUAUUUAUAAAUAUGUAUAUUAAAAUUGUGAGCAUUUGCUAACUCUUCAAAA